AUGUUGUCAAACAAAAUCAAAGCGUUCGAAAAAGUGGCGCAAGGGAAUCUCCUUGACGAAGCUUCUUUGUUAGAAGAUCAAAUCCGCAGAAGCAAGCUCCCUAGGUUGUCAUCCAUUGAGGACACCGGCGAUAUCAAGGCUCCACCCAUUCACUUCCUUCAACUUGCCCACUGUUACCAGCUGAGUGGCUGUUUGGAACUGUACCGCGCCUUUCCGGAGCUGGCCAAAGCUCGUCUGGAGUCGGAUCCAGCAGUUCGUAUACUUUGCGAUGGGAUAGACAGACCGUCACAGCUGUUACUGAAGCUUGCUUUUGACAUCUUGAAUACCCUCGAAACCAUGCCGGACGACUCUCGGACCAUCGCAACGCAGACUCUGGUAUUCACUAUCGCCGGCUCAGUACUUGGUAAAAUCAUGGUAGCGGAUGAGGGCCAAUUCACGUCAGAACAGUACACUUUUAAUUGCAGUAUCGAGCGAUGGAGAAAAUUUGUCCUCCAGAGAUUGUCCCGGACCUACCAAAUCAUUGGCCUACACACCAUACAGCGUGCCAUGACCCUUCUUGUCAAGGUAUGGUCGCGCAUGGACGGGGGAGACAUAGUGAUUGAUCCGGAAUUGAGGAUUGUCGACCAUGUCCACUGGAUAGAUGUCAUUGAGGAAGAAGGGCUGGAGACGCUCCUUGGUUGA